GCCACUGUUUUUGUUUUCGUUUUGUGGUGAUGGACGUGGUGGUUGUCGAGUUUGGCACUGGUGGUGGUAGCGGUGGUGGUACAAUAGCGCUUUUCUGACGCCCGCAAAAUUGACGUUGUUCACUUUCGGGUGCAACGUCGGCAAUGAUGAACCUCUGGCCGAGUAACCGCUACGGCAACGGCCUCUUAUUCGCCGGAUUCAACCAGGACCAAGGAUGCUUCGCUUGCGGCAUGGAGGACGGAUUCAGGGUCUACAACUGCGAUCCUCUCAAAGAAAAGGAGAAGCAGGACUUUGCAGAUGGCGGCAUUGGCAUAGUGGAAAUGCUGUUCCGCUGCAACUACCUUGCUCUUGUGGGAGGAGGACGCAAGCCGAGGUACCCUCCCAACAAAGUUAUGGUGUGGGAUGACCUGAAGAAGUUGAAUGUCAUUGAGCUGGAAUUCACCAGUGACGUCAAGGCAGUGAGACUGCGACGAGACAGAAUUGUGGUUGUGCUGGAGUCUGUGAUCAAGGUGUACACCUUCACCCAGAAUCCACAGCAGCUGCAUGUCUUCGAGACCUGCCCCAAUGAUAAAGGUCUGUGCGUGCUGUGCCCAAACAGCAACAACAGCCUACUGGCGUUCCCCGGCCGGCACACGGGCCACGUACAAAUUGUGGACUUGGGCCAGACAGAGAAGUCACCGCUGGACAUCGAAGCCCACGAGGCAUCCCUCAGUUGCAUCGCUCUCAACCUGAGCGGAACGCGCCUGGCGACAGCCUCCGAAAAGGGUACGCUCAUCCGCGUGUUUGACACAACCUCGGGGAACCUGGUGAAUGAGCUGCGUCGUGGUGCUAACACAGCCAGCAUCUACUGUAUCAACUUCAACUUGGACUCGUCGCUGAUGUGCGUCUCCAGCGAUCAUGGUACGGUGCACAUAUUUGCGGUUGAAGACUCCACACGAAGAAAUAAGCAGUCAAGCUGGGCAUCGGCAAGCUUCCUACCCAAGUACUUUAGCUCCAAGUGGAGCUUUGGCAAAUUCCAGGUGCCCGGAGGUGCCCACUGCAUCUGUGCCUUUGGAGCAGACCAGAACUCAGUCAUCGCCAUCUGUGCCGACGGCAGUUACUACAAGUUCGUGUUCAACGCCAAGGGGGAAUGCACAAGAGACGUGUACGCGCAGUUCCUCGACAUGUCGGAUGACAACGGCCGCUCCUAACGACGUAGUUACGGGACUCCGCAUCCGGCGCGCGGGACUGCGCAAUCCACAAGAGUGGCCAAAAAAUAGUGACCUACGAGUGACUGAUCGUUGAACGGGCCUCGUUCGCCUGUUCACACCUUGAGGGAUGCAACACCAGUGCGUAGUGACUAAGUGACUCAAUCACCACGGCAAGCCACCUGUGUCGUUACAACGGUGCCUCAGUGUACGCUUGUGAUAUAGCCUGUCUACGCUUAGUGUCAGUGGUGUUCUAAAGACUUCAGUGCUUUUGUUUUUUCUUUGGAGAGAAGAGCAUUUUCAACCAAGCCAGUUGGAUAGUAGAGACUCGAGCAUUCCAGUUAACUGCAACUGAUUAGCCGAAGCCAUGGCGUAAGAUGUGAACCUGUUAUCUGCAUCGUUUGUCGUUUGAGUGACCUAAUGUGUGCUCUUGGUGUGAUGAUGAGUUGUUUGUUAUAGGCUUGUGCGAAAAUUACCUUUCUUGUUCGAAGCAAAUUCAGGGCGAAUAGUAAUUAUUGUAGAAUAAUUUCAAAGCAAAUUCGAAUAGGGGGAUUUGAAUAGCAGUAGGCUGCAUAUAAGGGGUUGAAUGCAUUACGUUAUAAAGUUUGCCAUACUUACCGUAUAUAGCCGAUUAUAAGUCAACCCCCCAAUUUGCAAAUCCUUCUAGGCAAAAAAAUUUUCACUCCUAAUACAGCCUCAAGCUGUUGUCCUAGCUAAUAUAAUAAGUUAACUUUAUGAUUCCAUGUAUAAGUUGACUUCCAAGUUUUGGAUGGUCAUUUUAUAAUGAAAAUGUCGACUUAUAAACAUGUGGUAGCUCAUGUUGUUUCAUGGCAUAGUGGUCCCCAUGCUGCAGUGAAACCACGUCUUCAGGCAAGUCACAUGUGCUUAAGUACAUCUAUUCGUUCGUUUCGAAUACUUCGAAAUGGCGCAAAUUUUAAAUCCUUGUCGAAGUGCAUUCGAAAACCGUAAUCUUCAUACGAAUAUCGAAGCUCUUGAAUAUUCGCAAAGGCUUAGUUUGUUGCAUUGGGGCCACCGGGCAUCCCGAGGUUGCCAUGUUCCUGGAUUGUUGAACAUGUUUCAAGCAGAACACUGUGCAACUGUUGUUGUAGGAACUAAGUUUACUUCAUCUUAACUAGCCCAUACCGAAGUUUUUGUCACAUUGUCUCACUGAGGUCAACCAGUUGUCUGAAUAGUUUGUAGAGUUUGGUUUCUUGGUUUUGUCAUUGCAGACGGCGAAUUCAUUUUUAAUUCAACUCCGUGAAAUUUACUGUUGUUAUGCACACAUCCAUUAUCGUCUGAAGUGCCCCACUAGUUGUAUGCCAUUAGAUGCAUGCGUGCUGUUCCUACCACCAAUAACACUUUUACUCUGUUGUUUUAAGAAUCUACGCAGUGGCGUAAAGGCUUUGAGCGUUAUCGCAUCAGCUGUUGUAAGAUAUACAGCUGAACCUGGAUAAAUCAAAUCUGAAGUGAAUAACUAGAAAGUUCUGUACCUAGGCAAUUCGAUAUACAAAAUAUUAUAUAUGUCGAAAAUAUUUUUAAGGGAGUUUAACAACUGUUCGGUAUGCACAAUAGUUUGUUAUGUGGGUUCGAUAUGAGGGUUCGACUUUAGCAGUUAUUAGUGCUGAAUUACAUGAACAUUUAUGAUUGGGACGUGCAAAUUGGGAUCUUUGAGACUGAACCUAGUAUGAAUCCAUCAGUUCAAGAAGCAAAUCCGAUCGCAUUGAAUGUUGAGGGAAAAAAUUUAGCGCAAAAUGACACAAGGACGAGAAGGGAGGACACGACACGUGCGCUAACUUUCAACAAUAACUUUCAUUUGUGUCCUCCCUUCUCGUCCUUGUGUCAUUUUGCGCUAAAUUUUUUCCUAAUGUCUUACCAACAAGGCCGAAUUUCUCCCCUUGAAUGUCGAGGGGUUCUGGAAUAUUGAAAAACCACGACUUAUAACUUCGUUCGCUCCUUAAGGUCCAUAAUUUUAGCAAUAAUAGCACAAAUAGUGCAUUGAGAAUGAAUAAGCAUGUUCUUGGCAUGCACAACGCUGGAGGAAGUGUGAGCGGUUGUUUUGUAGCCCUUAAAGUCUGGUUUCCCGGACAACAUAGCAUGCUCGCUAUGUAUUUAAGGUCUCGUGUUUUGCACUUAACAGUCAUAAAAUGUCAUACUUUUGAAGUGUACUGAACUGGGUGCAUUACAAGACGAAAUAAACAAUGCAACAACAGGACGUAGUAAAUAUUUAUAAUGUAGUAAAGAUGUAAAGUUUUUGUCGUUGCUACGUCCAGUCGUUGCACUGUUCAUUUCACCUUUUCGUUCAUACCUCUUCCCUUCUGUUGUGUUAUUGGGUGCAGUUGACGUGUCCAAAUAUUCAUAAACAAUUUGUAUGAUAUUCUUAUUUACAAAUAGCGACUAUUGGAUUAAAAAAGCGGAUAAAAUAUGAUCUGAUAUUUCAAAUUUUCCAGAUAUUUGCACACCCUGAGAUUUAAAUUUACUCAUCAUGUUUUUUUCAAACUGUAACGUGAUAUGCUUCAUUCUUGGCUGGACUUUUGCGAACUGUUGAGCUUCAAGUCAUUUUCAGGUGUAUACGUUUUCUCUGCAAAUUGUGUUAAAGGGCCCCUGACAGCAAAAUUUUUGUUGGUGACUUUUUUACUGUAAUUUGUAGCUUUGUGUCUGGUAAUCCCUAAGUUAAAUCGUAAAUGCUCUAGCGUAUCGUAUAACUAAUUCUAGCGUAGUUAAUUGUGACCAUUUUAGCGUCACUUCAAAACGCCCGCCUAAAAACCACAAGAAACUAGCGCCCCAUGCGGGGGAGCGUCAGAGACCACGUGCACUCAAGCUGUGGUGACGUUGAAAGCGCGGUUUUCAAAUCGGGGCCCUGCGUGCGGCAGAGAUUGAAAGUAUGUGGGUGCCAACCUGUUAAGCCCACGAAAACUACCUCAAACUACCUGGAGAGCAGCCCGAUAACAAAGCGAGAGGGGUGCGGAACAAUAGGCCUCACCGGGUGCCAGUCCUGUAUUGUGCAUGUGCACCCUGCAAACCUUCCAUGGCGUCCACAAUACUUGCUUUACUCGUGGAACGUCACACGGGCCUCUAUCUACGUCAUACCAGGAUGUCGCGAGGUGCAGCCAACUCAAAUGAGCACUCAUGCUUACUUUUAAAACCAAAUUAAGAUAUCUUAAAGGCAACGUUCGUCACUAAUAAUCAGUCAGAUGUGUCCCCGUAUACAGGAAAGUCAAAUAACAAAAAACAUCUCGAGGUUUCAAUUUUGGUGUCAGGGGUCCUUUAAGGUGUUGUCAAUUUGAGACGUUAUGGUUGUAAGUCAUCUUGUUCUGAAGGUUUGAAUGAAAAAGGACUGCCAACCUACAGUUCUCAAAAGCAGUGUUCUUGCUUAAGAAGUACUGGUGGGCUAGUUGGUUCAUGAUAGCUUAUGGCAGUAUGCAUCUAAAAUGGUGACGAAAUGAACACAUAAAGAUAGACAAAAAUGUAAACACUGAAGUGCAUACGUCAGUCUAUCUCCAUGUCCAGUAGAAACUUCAGAAACAGAAAAUUCGACAGAAAAUUCAUGUGGUAAAAGCCUUCUCGUCUUUCUGUCGUGCCGUUUUGUAAUAAUGCUUUGUGUCCGUUUCAUCCUUGUUUUCAACGCGCGCUGCCAUAUGCAGUAUUCUUGAGAGGAAAUCCUCGAAGAUGCUUUCACUUUUGAGAUGUUUCACAUCACUGGUGAAACAUCAUGAAUUUUGAUGGCAUGUGCUUCAGCCUUGUCAUUAUUCUCUUGCUAGAGAUGAACAAAAUUGUGCUUUAAGAGAGCCGGGAAUUCAACUUCACAUAUUUCCAAAAGUUUUACUGCACCAGUUGCUCAAAUAUGAAAAAAAAAGAUACUUUGAAACCUGUGACAUUUGUACAUUGUAUUGGCACUCUCGCUUCAGCACAAGAUUUAGAAAAGGAAACAUGAGAACAUUUUUCAUCCUCCAUUAAUUGAUUUGUAACUGCAAUAUCAAUGAAAAAAAGACAUCUGAAGUAUACUUUUAACAGUUCUACACUGAAUGGGUGUUUCUUUUUAGGAUCUAAAUAAUGUGGUACUAUUUUUCUGAGGCACUUAAUGCAUAUUAGUGCGUUUCAACGGUGCGGCAUUCUGACUAAAGGAAAAAGACAGUGGCGUUCUCAUUUGCUAUCCAUUGUUCCUUUGUAACAUUGGGCAGGCCGAACCUCUCAAGGUAGUCUUGUUCAUUUAUGGUGAUUACAUCGGCUUCAAGAAGUAAAAAUUUAUCGCUCUCUGAAUUAGGCCCCAAUGUUGUUGAGUCCUUUUGAAAUGUACAAUAUCACUUGCACUGUUUCUUUGGCCGACAUUUACUGAGCUUGCUAAAAUGCCACUUUGAGCAUUUUUCCAAGUCUAAAGGUCUUCAUCAGGACAAUGAAAGACAGAAGCUAUAAAACUCAGAUUCUGCACCUGUAUGCAUGCCAUUUCCUUGAUUGCAAGAGAUCUUGCAAUGGCUCAGAAAUCUUCCGUCAUCCCCCAGCCUGAGAGGAAGUUGGCGUUAUAAAAAAACAUAGCGCAUUGUACGUAAUUCAUUGUGGCUAGGUCUUCUUCAAUAUUGGUAUGGCACAAAGUUUCGAUGAACCAUAAUCAGCAUCAUGCAAAAUUGGACGGUAUUUUAUUUGUCUGUUAAAGGUGCAUUAAGAGCCUUGUCCCAUACACGUUACUGUUAACAGGCCAUGGUUUUGUCAUUGACGAAGAUGAUAUUGCAAUUGUGCUGGACUGUUAAGAUACACUUGCUCAGAUAGCAUUUGUCAUGUAGCUUAGGCCAGUUGCUGGAUGUUGUGGAAGUGCUGUAACGUUGCAAAUUCUGUACCUUUGUUUUUGCUCUUUUCGUUCAGUUUUUUGUGAGCGAUUCUGUUUGAUGCUUGAUGAGUAACUUGUAACCUACAGAGUGCUGUCAUGAGGAGUUCCUGUGGAACUUUCUUUUGUGUUUUCAGGCCUUUACUUCUUUCUCGAUGACAUCAUUGUUUGUUGGGGGUAGGGUCACUAAGAAGUGUGCACUCAUCAUGCACUAGUGUGCGUGGGAUUUGACUGAUGCAGUGUGAGAUACAAGAACUUUAUGUCAAUGCUGAGAACUUUGUUUGCACUUCGUCCUGUCUUUCUUUUCAUAUUCAUGUGCAUAUUUCAUUCUCAUUUAUUCUGAGAGUUUGUCUGAUUACGAGAUAAGUGUGUGUUGGCUUUGUGUAUUGCGCUGACAUAGCCCUCAUUCAUUAUUCCAGGCCAUAGAACUAUCCUGAGUGAUAGGCUUACUUUGACUGUAGUGUAAAGGAAAUAUUUUUUGAUGCCUUUCAAUGCAGAAUUCAAGCAGCUUUGCUGCUACAUAGAACCUAAUUAUAACAACGAUGUAAAAAUACUUUCAUUGUGUGCUGUAGCAUUUGUUAUAAGCGUUCAUGUUCAUUUCACUGUAAUCAGGCAACAAAAAUUGAUAAUUUUAAGCAUUACUUCAUUACAUCCGAUAAUAUGUCAUAUCUCUGUUUGCUAUAUAGAUGUCCUGCAUUUGUUUUCUGUACACAGAUAGAGGAACUAUAGUUCACAUGUUCAGUUAUUCUUUGCUGUGUGAGCAGUUCUGUAUUAUUCAUGCUGAACUACCAUGACCACAUGACAUUAUAAAGAACAGCUCACACGCACAUGAGAUUAAGAGUGUGACCACUUAUUGCGUGCAGAUUGCAUUGCCACAGCUUUGUAUGUCCACAGCUGAAUGCUUCAUGCAUUAGAGAUGGCACCGCUUGUUUUUCUUC